AUGAAGGCAUUUCUUGCACGGGAUAGAGUUGCCGAAUCGGCCUCUACGUCCGAUGACGAGACCGUAGUCGCCGUACAAGAUGGAGUCCGCUUGAAUGCCGCGGGCUACAAGGAUCAAUUAAAUCGCCAAUAUGGGUUCUUUGGACUGGCAAGCAUGGCUCUGACGGUGGACAACGCCUGGGUUGCCUUGGGAUCGUCCAUUUCUGUGUCAAUUCUCAACAGUGGCCCACCCGGCAUCAUUUACGGCCUCCUCGUCGCCGUCUUUUACUACUCCCUCAUCGGCUUGAGUUUAUCAGAGCUCGCUUCAUCAGUCCCCACGGCGGGCGGCGUCUACCACUGGGCCACCAUCGCCGGCGGUCCUCGCUGGGGCCGAGUCCUCGGUUUCUUCACCGGGUGGAUCAACUUCUACGGCUGGCUCUUCUCGCUCGCAGCCCUGCUGCAGAUCUCGAGCAAUGUGGCCGUGAGCAUGUACGCCGUCUGGAACUGGGACACCUACGUCAGCCAGCCCUUCCACGUCUUCAUCGGGUACCUCAUCAUCCUCUGGGGGUGCGCGGCCUUCAUUGUUUUUGCCAACAAGUAUGCUCCGUACACCCAGCAAGCCGGAACGAUAUUCGUAUUGAUCGGAGGCGUCGUCACCAUUAUCGUUCUGGCGGCGAUGCCGAAGCAACAUGCGAGUAAUCACUUUGUAUGGGGCUCUUUCGACGAGAAUAAUGCCACAGGGUGGUCAGGGGGCGUUGCUUUUCUCCUGGGUGUUCUCAACGGCGCCUUCACGAUUGGAACUCCUGACUCGGUAACCCACAUGGCUGAAGAGAUGCCACAUCCCAAAAAGGAUCUCCCAAAGGCUAUCCUUUUGCAGAUAUCCCUGGGCUUCGUUUAUGCCUUCUGCUUCGCCGUCGCAUUGUCGUACGCAAUCACGGACAUUACGGCUCUCCAAGGAGGCUUCAACUCUUUCCCGCUGACCAACAUUUACGUGCAAGCCACUACCAGCAGCGAUGGAAUCCGAAACCCAGGCGCAGCGUUUGGUCUGCUAUUCAUCAUGCUGGGCUGUACGCUGACGUGUUGCGUGGGCCUGACUUUGACGGUUUCGAGAACCUACUGGGCGCUCGCACGCGAUAAUGCUGUGCCACUAUCCAAUGUCUUCGCUCAGGUUAAUGAGCGCCUGAGCUGUCCUAUUUGGUCAACCUUGUUUGUCUGCGUCGUCGCAACCGGACUGGGCGCCAUACCCCUCGGAAGCUCAGCAGCCUUCCUAGCACUGGCAAGCUCGUUCAUCAUUCUGACAUCCGUCUCAUACGCCAUCCCAUUCGCAGCGAACAUGCUCUCGGGGCGAAAGUACUUCCCUCGUGGACCCUUCCAUCUGGGAAAGGCGGGAUACAUCAUCAACGGAAUGGCCGUGCUAUUCAUUGUCUUGUUUGAUAUUAUGUUUUGUUUCCCGACGAUGAACUGGAGUGCAGUCAUUCUGGUGGGAACUGUGGCGAUCACGGGACUGUGGUGGGCGGUCCACGCGGUCCAUCAUUAUCCUGGACCCAAGGUUAUGGAUCUUUACAUUGCUACCGAAGGUAAUCUCGAGCUUCCUCGGUCGCAUUUCUCUCUUUCCCACCAAUUCUUCCACAUCAUUCUGCCCCCCUUCGUUCACUCUCUCCUCUCAAUCUUCGCCCACACCACUAUACGCACCAGCUUCGGCACAAUGGGAUCAUCCUCUUCAAAAGCCGCGCAAGGCGCCGCGCGCAAAUUCCCGACCCGCGCUCCGGGCGCUGUACCACCACCGUCAACCGCCGCGAGAGCAGCUCCCGCUGCCCCUCCGACGCAGCCCGCGCAGGCUCAGUCGCGGGCGAAGACGGCGACACUCAAACCAGAGGAUCUCACAUCCGCCACAACCACCACAAAUCCCGAAGUCACCGCCGAAUUCUCCUCGCGCCUCCGCCAAAUGGGCAUCGUCCAGCCGAACCCGACCUUCUCCUCCACGUCAACAGCCAGCGCCGGCCCCGGUCCCGUCGCAGGCAGCCGCCCCGGCCCAAGUCCUCACGCCGACUUGAUCCAGAACCCGGGCCCCUUAUUCCCUUCCACAUCCCGCAACGCGACGCUCGGCACCCUCGAAGCCAGGCGUCGGCUGCAGCAGAAAGCCGAUGCUGAGUUUGACGGGCUCGGACGCAGUAGCAGCGGCGGCAGAGAGUUUCUGGAUUUGAAGACGAUUAUCCAGAUGCACCUCAUGCGCGAGAGGGGACACUCGCCCGCUGAGAUUGAGGCGAGGUUAGAUUUGAAGGCUGGGGUUGUUGCGAGGUUGGGUCGGGUUGGGAUCACGUCGCCUGCUUGA